UGUCGUGAAGUUUGUCAUUGUCACAAGCAAGAUAAAGUUUUAUGUCUGGGAUUUGUAUUUUUUUAUUUAAAGCCAUUUUCUGUAUAAACUCCCUGCAUAUUAUUUUCCAUCAUGUCCUUAUCGGAUCUAAAGCAUACACUAAGAAAAUAUGAGUUUCCGGCUAGUGCUAAGGAAGCACUGUUUAAAAUAGAACAACUAUUAAUAGGUAGAUCGGCUCCUACCAGUAAACAAUUAGACAUUGCCAUGGAUAUAACGUCAGAAUUUAUAUUUUGCGAGACUGAUCGUCGUGGAACACGUCGAGGAAGCGGUCUUAACCCUUUGCAAGAGCUUCAGUUGAUUGAUAUUAUAAGUGACUAUCUUGCGGCUUGUACAAGCGAAACUACUAAAAACACAAUAUUUUUAUCACUGUUUGGAAGUAUGGAAAGUCAGAGAAAAUUGAAAAUUCUUAGUAUUCUAGCGAGUAUGGCUGUGUCAGCAUCUUGUACACCGGUGCUAUUAGCUGUUGGUGUCUGGCUGCAGCAGAUGGGAUGUUCAUCUUCACAUUCCCUUCAGCUAGUUGAAAAUGUUAUACAGGAUCAUUUCUUUUUAAACACAUCUAAUCAGAGUUCAUUGAAAUCACUAGCGACCACAGCCCCACAGUUUGUGUGCAGUUUUAUCACAGCAGUAACAGAGUUAUACAUUCAUGAUGUUCAGGGAAAUAAGAAAAUGCCUCCAAAAAACUUAUUGGAAGUUAUUACAUCUUGGGUGUACACAAAUCCAACACUAUGCAUGUCAGCUCAAUUGAAUCCCCCGGCUUUGCCUGUUGGUGCGAUACCCAUGGCAGCUGUGACACCCCUGGCUGGCUUGAUACACUGGUGUGCAUUAGCACCACUUUAUGUUGAUGAAUCUAUAGAUGUUGAAGAAGAACCGCCUCUAAAAAAAAUUAAAGUCGAGGAUGAAAAACAUGCAAUAGUAAAAUCACUUCCCACAAAGUCUAUGAAGAUAUCGGAGUUAUAUAUAAAGCUACAUUUAGCUGUCUUGCAUAGUUUGCGGGCUGGUCGACGAACCCAUGGUCCCCCCACUGCUGUGAAUGGACAGCAUUUAGCUGCCUUGACUCCACUUGUUCAGGCUUAUGCACAUCAACUCUUGAAAAGAGGAGUUAAGUUACAGACUGAUAGUAAACUACAGGAUUGUCUAGACAGAAUAGGACAGGCAGUUCAAGUGGCGCUUGCUAAUGGUUGCGUUUACGGUAACAUUAGCAAUCUUCUAGCUGCGUUGGACACAUUACCAGAGAACAGAUUGCUACGGAUUAUAAUAAAGAAACACCAACAGAGUAUAUGAAAGACUGUGUGUAAUGUGAAUUAUGGACAUUGAAAAGUACACUGUGCUUCAAAAGUAUUAUUGUAUAGCCUUGAUGUUAUGAGCAGGAUUUAAAGAAGCAGUCUUCAAAAUAUAUUCAACUGUUAUGGAAAGUCUAACAUCAAACAAGUGUAACUAAGAACAUUUACAGUAUCACCUUCUCAAUUAGCUGUACUUAUAAAAAAUUUCUUUACUUGUAAAAAUCUCCUCACUCCUACAAUGUUAUCCAUACACUUGGUGUGUAAAUUUGUAAAAAUUGUAUAGUAAUUACAUUCAUCAAAACAAUAAAAUGUGUAUACUGUAAAUACUAGUUUAUUAAAAAGGUUUAAAUCUC